AGAGCCGACGGACUGCAGCCCAAGACCCUCGAGACCUUCCGACAGAUGAGGCUAGCCGACCCUUUGCUGCAGAGAGGCGUCAAGGUCUACGACAUCGCAUUCUGGCGCAGCACCGCAGACGAGCCGCUCCACCGGCUCGGCCGUGAAGUCCACUACCCGCCCAUCAUCGACGUCCUGGAUCCCUACAUCCUGCUCGUGCAUCAGGGAAUGGUUGAGAGUCUGUUCAUAGAAGACCUCAAGAAGCGCGGCGUCGAGGUCCGCAGAAACACAGCCUUCGAGUCGUACAGCGCCUGCGACAGCAGCAACGGCCCGCUGCAGGUGAACUGCCGCGCAAACGUAACGCAGGACCGAAAGACCAUCCUCACAUCGUACCUUGUAGGAUGCGAUGGCGCACAUUCCAAGGUGCGCAAGAGCAUACCAGACGCGAGGCCUGUUGGGCUAUCUCAGCCGGCGGUAUGGGGUGUUCUCGAUGGCGAACUGCAGACCAACUUCCCGGAUAUCUGGUCGAAAACGCUAGUGUAUUCCCAGGAGCACGGCUCCAUCCUCAUCAUCCCGCGAGAGCGCAACAUGACGCGUUUCUACAUUGAGCUCAAGAGCUCGCCCAAAAACGACAGGCGCGAGCUGGGGCAGGAAUUCGUAAUGCAGAGGGCUCGGGAGAUCAUGGCUCCGUUUGAGGUGGGCUGGAAGUACAUCGAGUGGUUCGGCCGGUACCAGAUUGGACAGCGCGUUGCCACGCGGUUCGGCGACGCGCACGGCCGGGCCUUCCUGGCUGGAGAUGCCAGUCACACGCAUUCGCCAAAGGCGGCGCAGGGCAUGAACACGUCGAUGCACGACUCGUGGAACUUGGCUUGGAAGUUCAACCUCGCUGUUAGGGGCUUGGCCAAGCCGGUUCUGAUGGAGAGUUACGAGAACGAGAGGCGCAAGAUCGCGCUGGAUCUCGUCAAUUUUGACUACGAACACGCAAACCAGAUCGCCGGCGGCGACGCCGUCGCGCUCGCCGAGAACUUCAAGACUAACGUCCGCUUCAUCUCGGGCGUUGGGGCCGAGUACAGCGAGAACGCCCUAAACAUGCACGACGAAGGCCAAAACUGGGUCAUGGGCGAGGCCAAGCCAGGCUGCCUGCUGCCACCCGCCAAGGUCACGCGCUAUAUCGACUCGAACCCGGUGGACGUGCAGCUCGACAUUCCGAUGCUGGGCCAGUUCCGCAUCUACUUGCUGAUGUGGGACGUGCAUCAAUCGCGUCCCUUCCUCGACACCUUCUUUGACGCCAUAUCGAGGCGAGAGUCGCUGGUCAGUCAACUAUCUGCCGCCGCCAGUGCCUCGUAUGCGCAGCAGCCGAGGCUGCCCUCGCCCGAGGACAUUUAUCUGCGGCCUGAGAGGUAUACGGCCGUCAGCCAUCUUUUCACUUUUGGCCUCAUCACGACCAUGCCCAAGACCGACAUUGAGAUUUCGGACCUGCCGCUCCUGCUGCAGGACAGCAGGUGGACUUUCUACCUGGACAACGUUCCGGAGCUGGACACGCGAGGAUCUCUCUGCACCAACAAGUGGCUCGGCAGCCUCGAUCCCGGCGAGGUAGCCAUCCUCAACGUUCGGCCAGACGGCUACGUCGGCUCCGUCGGGCGCUGGGACUCGAGCGUGGACGACUCGGGCGAGCAUGCGGCCAGGUGGAUGGACAAGUACUACGACAGGUUCAUGAAGGUUCCCACAGCCGAGAAGAAGAAGUUCUAGGGCACGCAUUGUAAAGGGCAUGUGCCUGGGAGGUCGUUCUGGACGUGCCUCUACCCCGCAUGCUCUCUUUUUGCUUCUCAUCUCCACCCUUUUUUGUUGAUGCCCUGCCUCGGAUCAAACUCUGCACAAAGAGGCUUUCUGAUUCUGACGGGGCUCAUCACCGAAAGCUGUAGUAGUACGUACACCACGGGUAGCUUUGUUUGCUUUGGCGCACGGAGUAGGUCGUCUGGGUUAUCCGCGCAGGGACAUUUGUUGGUCGACAUUCAUAGCAACGGCGGCGCAAUCUUAGGUACCUAGUAGUUUGUUUGGGUAGGAACGUUUUAAACUUGUAGUUAAUCACCCUAUUUAUCUAGGUAGAUUCAAGCGCUUGAAGACGGACAGGGUCGCAAAAAGCACCGUGCACAUGGUUUUUGGAUCCAGCGAUUAAUCAGACAGUAGCUACGGUAGGCAUCUACACCCGGAUAGGUACAUAUGUAGUGCCCCACGCCCUGACCAAAAAAGUCUGGACCGCAAAUUUUUUCCCC